GUCGUGUUGGGUUACGAGGAGAGAAAACUGUUUUCAGGGACGCACAACCCCAAUCCGCUUCUCCACUGCUCUUUCUCAAUUCGUCCUUCUCCUCUCCUUGAUUCCUGCUAAUUUCAGAGAUUAGGCUUGGGGAUCUCCUUUGGAGGAUAGGCAUGUUUUAGUAGUGAGUUCUAAGGUUUUACCAAUGGUUGGACAUGUUGUGUCUCCAUCAUUAUGCAUUCAGCUACGGAUGCCCGAGCUUCAUUUUGGUAAAAGAAGCUGCCUUUCCAGGAAUCCUCAUGUAAAGAUUACCCAAAGGAAGCCUUUUGGGAUUUGCAACAUCACAUCAGGGGAGGCUCACAAACUUUAUGUUUCUACUCCCUUGAAUCUUGGAGCGUAUGUUUCUCGGGGAGAGUCUUCUUGUAAGUGUACUUGCUUGGCAUCUCUCGCAGAUUUUGAUGCUGUUGCUGGUUCCGGUUGGGUCCCUAUCGGUGACCAAGUUCUCCUGAUGGCCAGUAUAUUCCUUACAUAUAUGGCUGGAGUGAUUCCUGUUCAAAACUCCAGUUACUCUUCCAGAAAGAACACCGUGGAGGAGAAUUCAUAUGUUGGAACUUCAGAAUCUUCUGACUUUGAUGGUGAUUUGAAGUCUGUAUGGGAUGUGGUGAAAGGAAAGCUUCUAGAUUCUUUGGACGCCAUCAAGCGUGAGAGUACACUUGGAAGCAGACUCCUCAAAGCCAAGCCGCCCCAAGGAAAGCCCCCGUUGAGCUUGUAUGCGAUAUCUGAAGGGCCCCAGUUGUACUUGCUCUGGUCAUGUUUUCAGAAACUUGAAGAAGAGACAAAUAAGAUCUCUACCGCAAUCAGUUCGGAUGAGUGGAUGGUUAGUUUUACUGAUAUUAUCCGCGAAGCAUAUCAAGGAGCAUGCACAGCUUGGUUAAAAAGGGAACUCUGUGUGGAAAACACUGAUUCUGACAAGGGGAUUACUCCAUUGCUGAUCAAAAUGCUUAAUGAAAAGGACGCUGUUUUUGACAAAAUAAGAAAAUCUGGGAAGGAGGAUCUGUUUGCAGAAUUCUUAUAUUUCCACAGAUUUGGAUCUUCAGGGAAAGCUUCCUGCUACGACCUUGGCUUGUUUCGUACUCACGGAGUUGCCAUUUUGGAAGACUUCAUGAUAACUUUAGCAGAUGGGGUCGCUAGCAUCUAUUUAGAGCUCAUCUCUGUAGACAGCAAAUUUUCAAGUGAAAUGAAUAGUGCAGGAUUAGAUAUCUGUAACCUUUCUAGUCGAGCACUCCAAAAACUACGUAACGAGGUAGCUCUAUACCAGUGGUUGCAUCAGAAUAUGGAAGCAGUUGUAUCGAUGUAUGAGGAUCGCUUUGACCUCUACAUUCUUCAAACUCAGGUUAUCAACAACCCUGAUGGUGGUGAUGACACGGAAAGCCAUAGAUGGUGGAGAAAGCUCACACCGGGAAAAGUUAAAGCUGCCUCAUCGCCACCCUUGCGAUACUCCAUAAUCAGCGAUUUCUCAUUGCCCGUUAAACGAACAAAGGAGCUAAAGGCUCUAUCGGGAUGGAGGUACUACUUUAGUCUGUUUCUGGAGCUAUCAGACAUUGGAAUGCCAAUUAUCAGAGUGGUGUUGGAUAAAGUGAGUAGCAUCAUAUCCUUCUUUCUCGUUACCUUGAUUGGUAGAUCAGUCGGACUCAUCUUCACCGGAGUUAGACAAUCUCUCCGGUGGAAAUGAUAUCUCAUAACUGUGACAGUAAUUGUUUCCGUCAACGUCAUUUUUUGGUGAUUCUUGUUUGUUAAGUGAUAAAUUGAAAGAAAAAUUUUAUAUCUAGUUUUGGCAUUGACUCCAUUGCCUCAAAAACGUUGCCAUUGUCCUUGAUGCGUCUGUUUUGUUUAUUACUGAUGCAAGAUUCAUUGUCAUCAGUAAUCUCUCGAAGAUAUAAUCAUGGCCAUUAAUGUAAAGUAGUAAUUUACAAAUGUUAUGAAAAACCAUUACCUUGAUUUUAAUGUGGAUGUAGUA